UUAACUAUAACAUUUCCAUGGGUUUUGCAAGGGUUUUUGAUGCAUUGAGGUAACCUUCACUAAAAAUCAAGUUAAUAAGUAAUCAAGUCAAGUCAGUUGUGUUUGUGCGGUUUCUGUGAUUGACUAUUUUGCCUGGUGCAUCUUCAGCCAGCGUUCCCUCUGAAAUCUGUGAUCGACUCUUCAGGUCUGUUGGUUUUCAAGAUGGCGCCGCUCGCAUCUUCCACACGUGAAUUGUUCACUGAAGCAGUCCGGGCUGUUUUGGAAACGUGGCCGGUGCUGCAAAUCGCGGUCGAUAAUGAUUUCAGUGGCACGUACAGUCAGCAGAAAGCGGAGUGGAUGGUGGACGCGCUGCGGCUGUAUUUCAUCGACAACGAUGAGCUGCAGCAGGAUGAAGUGGAGGAUUUCAUCUCAGACCUGAUGAACAAUGAGUUUGACACGGUGGUGGAUGAUGGCAGCUUGCCGCAGGUGGCGCAGCAGGUGUGUGAGAUGUUCCAGCAGUGUCAGCAGGACAGACUGACGGAGGUCAGAGAGCAGAUCAAGCAGCUGAUUCAGAAGAAGAGCGCUGGGAGAGCGAAGGCCACACCUGCCAAAACACCUGCUGCUGCUGCUGAUGAUGAUGAUGAUGAGAGUCAAGAUGAAGAGGCUAUGGAGUGUGACGGAGGGGCAGACGGAGCUUCAGUCAACGGUGCAGCAGUGAAGGAGCAGCAUCUUCCUCCUCAGGCUGCCAGUCACGAGGAAGAGGAUGAUGGCUGGACGGUUGUACGCAGGAAAAAGUGACUGAACUUGCAGUAUUAAGACUGAUGAAUUUCUUAAUCUAAAAGACUUUUUAAGGGCUUCUCUGUCUCUCCAGCUCUGGAUACUUCUGCAUUUGCAACCGCAACAAACCCACAGAAUGGGGCAUCUGACUGAUGUUAAAACACGGAUAGAUUACCUCACUGGUCCUCUUUCAUGGGUUUCUUUCAACACAAAAUCUAAGGAAAUUCAUUUGUGUAUGCUUUGUAACUGGUCUGGUCUUUCAUGCAUAUACAAAUAUGUAUAUACAUUUUUAUGGUCUAACCGUGACACUGAUUCUCUCUUUGACUUCCUGUAACCCUUAUUUAUAUCUUGUAGGUUAAUGCCUGCAAUGGCCCUUUAUCGCCCUCUUGUGUCACUACAGUAUCACAGCAACAGUAAAAUGCAGUGCUGGAUUUUACAACUAUUUAGUGUUUUGAGGUUUUUCAAAAAAUAGCAUAAGGAUAUGCUAAACUAGUCAGUGGAAGAAAAAUAAAACAUCAUGCAUGUUUGGAACAAUAAACUGCCAGAGUUUUCAUAGUUUUUGUCAUGUUUGAUUAUUAUUUACAAUGUUUAAACAUGCUCCAUUGUUACAGUAUGUUAUGGCGACCACAUCAGGAUUAUUAAAAAAAUACUCCAUUAUGCCAUCUGUGUUUGUAAGUGAUCCUUUAUUCUUCGGUACACAGGGUUUAAGCUCAAGUCUUUAUUGAAUUCAAGUCAAGUAUUCAUACAGUGUUCUGUAUGUUCACAAACAAGCAUUCCUCACACAUAUUCGCAGACAAAUACAAAAAGGUGAGGGGCUUUUUUUUCGGUUUUUGUUUUUUUGCAGAUGGCAUGUCAAGGCACUAUUUUAACAUAAAUAUGUGACCCUUCUAAACAAUUAAAUGACCGUACAAUGAAAACUCGUCAGACUACAGACAUAUCUGCAUCAUGUUCAGAGAUCAAAGCUUCUUUAAAUAUACAUAUAUA